AUGUCACGCUUCGAUAAGCGAAAAUCUACAGAAAUUCGUCCAAUUUCUAUUGAACAAAAUUAUGUAAAUAGAGAUGGUUCUGCUUCCUUUAAAUUUGGCGAAUCGAAUGUCGUAUGUUCGAUAAAUGGCCCAGCUGAAGUCAAAGUACGCGAUGAAAAAGUGGACAAAGCCACGAUAGAUGUGUCAUUCAGACCUUUGAUUGGUGUGCCAGGCACGAAAGACAAAACCAACGAAUUUUUCAUGCGUUCCAUGCUAGAAAGUGUUAUCCAAGCCAAUCUCCACCCGCGAACACUCAUCCAAAUUGUAUGUCAGGUGUUAAUGGAUGAUGGAAGC